UUCAAAUUUUUUAUUCUUCCCAUUUUUAUUUGCUUAUAAAAGUUGAUGUUCUAACCAAAGAAAUAAACUAAUAAUUGGAAUGAUCAAUGAGGAUUUUCCAGUAUUAAGUCAUCCAUUCAUGAUUUAUUUCCCUAUAUAUAACAACUCUUAGAAAAAUUAUACAUGCAUUCACAAAUCCUAACAAGAAACACUAAUUGUAACCUUGUUAUCAUGAAGUUCUCUAUUGUGUUCAUCCUUUUCUCUACUUUUCUUUUGAUUCAAACUUGUCAAUUUUCUUCAGCCAACCAAGAUUUUGCAUCAGUACAUGCAAAAAAUAAAUUUGUACCAGCAGUAUAUGUGUUUGGUGAUUCUUUGGUUGAUAGCGGCAAUAACAAUUAUCUUAAAACAUCCGCCAAAGUUAACUACACACCAUAUGGAGCCGAUUUCCCGAAUGGAGUAGCCACUGGAAGAUUCACCAAUGGUCACACGGUCGUAGACUUUUUAGCUAAAUGGCUUGGAUUACCAUAUGUACCACCAUAUAUGAGUUUAUCUGAAGAUGAGAGGAGUCGAACAACGACAGGUAUAAAUUAUGCAUCAGGAGCAGCUGGUAUACUUCCAGAAUCAGGAACUGCAACUGGAGAUAUCUUGAGCUUUGAAGAACAAGUCAAUUACUUUAAUCAAACUGUCAAAAUAGAUUUACCAAAGUCGUUCUCAACCCAAGAAGAGAUUUCCAGUUACUUGUCUAAGUCCAUAUUUGUUUUCUCAAUAGGUAGCAAUGACUACAUUAAUAAUUAUCUUCAACCAGCAAACUACAAUAGUAGCAAUACAUAUACACCUCAACAAUAUGGAGCCCUCUUGAUAUCAACACUCAAACAACAUCUAAUGAGUUUGUAUAACUUAGGAGUAAGGAAAUUUGUGGUAUUUGAAUUGGGUCCAAUUGGUUGUUUACCGGCAAUUAUAAAUGCAGCUAAUCCAAAACCAGUUACCCCUUGUUUAGAAAGUGUUAAUCUUAUGAUUAAGAUUUUCAAUUCUGGGAUUCCAAGUAUGAUUCAAGAACUCGCGUCUACCUUGAAAGGCUCCACAUUUGUUCAUGGUAAUAUUUUUGAUAAAAGCUAUCGACAAAAUAUAUCUCCACUUACAUAUGGUUUCUAUGGAGGAAAUACACCAUGUUGCGUGGUUGGAGGAAACGGGACCACAGUUUGUCUACCAAAUCAGAUGCCUUGCAAGAACAGAAAUGCUUAUUUGUAUUGGGACGCAUUUCAUCAGGUUCAGAGAGUGAAUUAUGAAGUCGCUAGUGGAUGUUUUAGAGGCUCAUCGACUUGUUUUCCAAUCAAUAUUCUGCAAUUAGUACACAUAUAAUCGUUUCUAUUAAAUUUACUUUGAUGGUAAUAAAUUUAUAAAGGGGAAACUAGGCUAACGCCCCAAAAAAAUAUUUUUCUUAUUGUCAGACCUAAAAUAUUUUUCAGUUUUUGUGACACCCAUAAUUAUUUGAAAUUAUUAAAAUUCUACAUAGCUCGUUAUGCGUAUUUAAAAA